AUGUCCGCCCUGUUUGAUCGUAGACCGGGCAUCGUAUCUCAGCCAGUCACACUCGAUCGUACACUGGAGCUCCGCGAAAUUCCAUUUGUGUUUCCUGCGACCCAAUCUCUCUAUCCAGGUAGCUUAAACGAUUACACAGCCGGGAUCAUUGCAGAUCUUUACAGCAAUCUUUCGACUCAUUGGAUGUAUACCGCAACAGUCCAGCUCACGCUGAAUGGAUCUCAGCCAGCAUGGAGUAAGGACGGUUGGAGUUUUGUGCCAGUCAGAAUGGAUAGCCUUCGCAAUGCUAAGCUACCAAAUAACCUCGACGAAUCCGAGAAAACGGUUAAUGGGGCGCAGUCCAAUGUCUCGUUUAUCACACCUGCCAUGCGAGGUCGCAUUGAAUGCAGCCAGCUUCCGGUACAAGCCAUGAAGAAUCUUUCCAACUGGCUCACUUACAGGGACUUCCGAAAUGAAACUAUCUGGAACAAGUCCACCAUACCCGAUGAUCUCGCAGGAGGCUUUGAAUUAGGACAAACAUGGGCUGAUAGGGGUUUCCCGACCGCGAUCACACCUUUCACAUCCUCGGUCAACCUAACGGAUUGUCUUGGGUGUACAAGUGUGUUCGCCAACCCAAGCGAAAUACAAUGCUGUGGCAACAGCAGUAGUAGUGUCUGGGAUCCAAACGUUGUAGUUGGGUACUGGUCGCCCAACGCAAACCCCAAUGCAUGGAAUACACGACUGUGGCAGCAAAAUUUCACAGCCAAGUUUUUCCAUGGUGGUGCAGUGACCGGGAUUAAAAGUAACGAUGAUCUCAAAACCUCCUACAACCCAUCUGUUGGCCUGGUAUUUCCCAAUCCACCAUCCGCAUCAUUUCUGACUUGCAGGCCAUUGGUCGAAUCUGCCACCGCAGAUAUCACAGUCAACCCAGAGAAUGGUAUUAUACAAAGCUUCAAUAUCACAGAGCCCCCCAAAGAACGACAAAAUGCCUUUUCAGACAACUUCUUGCCACACAACAAAACCCACGCGAGCUCAGAAACUGGCUAUAUGACAUACAAUGUCACAGUGAGCUAUGGCCGGCUGUUCAUGGCGUCUAUGUUAACCGCUGCCGACACAAUCAACCUUCGCGGUGCCCCUCAUGGCACAGGUUAUACACUUGAAGACCUCAACGACAACACAUACAACAUCCGGGACACAAUAAACGGCCUGAAUAUGGACUUUAUGACAUAUGCAAUGUAUUCAAUGGCUGGUAAAGAUCCAACGAAACUACUCGAUCCAGAUACAUUCCACGAUCUCGCACAUAAAACCUUCUCCACCUUCUUCCAACAUUUCGUCAGCAAUGGAAUUUCAACGGAAACGGGCAGUUGGGGUUACCAGAAAAUCAAUGCCAGUCUCCCACAUGAGCUUGGCCCAGCACUCGAGCUCGUCGACGGUUAUCUUCCCGGCACGAAGGCCACCAAGUAUCAGGAUGUCAUGCAGCCUAUCUCCCAUACAAACCGCACGGUAGAAGCCCUCCUCGCCCGUCGUGUGGAGCUCCUCCAGAUGAAUGGUGUUGCAGUCUGGCUCAGCAUCAGCAUAAUGGCCUGGUUAAUCAUGACCACGGUUGUAGUAGCAGUGCUACAACGGCGCUACUUCGGCAGUCUCGUUCGGAAUGUGGAAUCCCUCGGCGACGUCUUGGUCCUGAUAGCCGGCAGCACAAACCUCAUUCAAGUCGUGCGAGAAAUCCAAGCCGGCAUAUUGUUGCCGGAAAAUUACGAAAAUCUUCGCACGAAGUUGGGCUGGUUCGUUGAUGAGGAUGGUAGGUUGCGGUGGGGAGUUGAGAUGGAGGAGAGUUAUGCAGGGGAGCAGGGGAUCCAAUGGGUCGCUGCUCCUCACUUCUCCAAGGACAAUGGAAGCACGACGUGGAAUCUUGGUGACCAAGAGAGGACUUUAUAG